AUGUCCCUCACUGAGGAAGAGAAGAAGAAUGGGGUCUUCGCAGCUUCGGCUGGAAAUCAUGCGCAAGCAAUAGCAAUUCAUGGCCAAAGGCUCGGCAUCAAGGCCAAUGUUGUGAUGCCUCGUCAUGCGCCACUCAUGAAGAUUUCGAAAUGCAAGGAACUUGGUGCAAACGUGAUCAUUGAGGUCUUCGCAGCUUCGGCUGGAAAUCAUGCGCAAGCAAUAGCAAUUCAUGGCCAAAGGCUCGGCAUCAAGGCCAAUGUUGUGAUGCCUCGUCAUGCGCCACUCAUGAAGAUUUCGAAAUGCAAGGAACUUGGUGCAAACGUGAUCAUUGAGGGCAAAGAUAUAUCGGUCUCAAAAAAACUGGCUCUGAAUCUUGCUAAGCAAAGCGGAGGAAAGUACAUCAACGGAUAUGACAUGAUAGAAGUACUAGCUGGAGCUGGUACCGUCGCUGUUGAAAUAUUCGAACAGGUCAAAGAUGUCGACGCGAUUCUGGUUCCUUCUGGUGGAGGUGGGCUUGUAGCGGGCACUUGUGUGGCGGCUAAAGCGCUCUCUCCAAAUACAAAAGUGAUCGCUUUAGUGCCAGAAAACUGCCCAUCUCUCCUUAAAUCUCUCGAAGCAGGAAAACCAGUAUUCACCAAAAGCAAUCCUACACUAGCCGAUGGUCUCGCUGUACCUCUUGUUGGUGUCAACUCGUUUCACACAUUGAAAAAUUUGGUAAGCAAAGUGAUUGCUGUCAAAGAAACUGAUAUCGCUGUGGUUGCCGAAGGAGCCGGUGCAAUUGGAGCGGCUGCACUUCUCGCCGGAAAUCUCCAAGAGUUAGCUGGUAAGAGAGUCGUGUGCAUACUCAGUGGUGGUAACAUUGAUUCGACAAUGGUUGGCAGAUGCAUUGAAAAAGGGUUGGCAGUAGAUCACCGUCUAAUCCGCUUUGAAGUGCUCAUCUCCGAUCGUCCGGGUGGUGUGGCCGAGUUAACCUAA